GAGAAGGCUGAGAACUAAACCUCAGUCUCCAAUGUUGCCACAAAACGCGCGGAUCUUAAAAUGGCAGUUCUUGUCGAAGAGAACCAUUUAGUGUGUGACGACAGUCGUGAAUGCUUGGUGUGUCGUGGAAUUGUUAAAGAACCUUUUAUAAGAUGCCGGCAGUGCAGGCCUACAGUGGAUAUAUGUUUAGAGUGCUUUUCCAGAGGAGCUGAAGAUAAGGAACACCGAAGUGAUCACAGUUAUGAAAUAAUAAGCAACAAUUUUCCAGUUUUGGAGAAGAACUGGAGUGCUCAAGAAGAGUGUGAGCUUUUGAAUAGUAUCUCUGAUUGUGGCUUUCAAAACUGGACAGAGGUUGCCAAGCAAGUGCAGAGCAAAACAGAAGAAGAAUGCAAGGAACAUUACCUAGAAUGUUAUAUUGAUAAACCUUGUGAAGCUCUUCGGAUCUCAGAACUGAGGCCUGUUGCUGCUUGCACACCAUCAUCGUCCACUCUUGGCAUUGUAUUUAAAGCAGUGGAAGAUCCUCCUCGUCCUCCAGUGGAUUCAGCAAGAAGUUUGGAAAUGUCUGGGUAUAUGCCGUGCAGGGGCGAUUUUGAUGUGGAAUAUGAUAACUAUGCUGAGGUUGACAUAAAAGACAUUGAAUUCAAUUCUUCUGAUUCAGACCUACUUAAAGAACUCAAAAUCGCUGCCAUUGAAAUAUUUUUGUCAAGACUACAGCAAAGAUUCUACAGGAAACAAAUUGUGAGAAAAUAUGGACUCAUCAACAUCCGAAAAUGGCAAACCCUUGAGCGAAGACAGUCGAAAACAGAAAGGGAGCUUCGUGACAGCCUAAGACCUUUCGCUCGUCUUCAUUCACCUGAUGCACAUGAAAUAUUUGUCCAAGGAUUACUAAUGGAAUCUUUCCUGAAGAAAGAAGUUAUCAAUUUACAAGAAUACAGAUCCGCAGGCAUUCGUACAAGAAGGGGAGCAGAGGUCUAUGAACGACUGAACAGGCGUCGGGAAGAAGACAAAUCUCGGAGAAAAAUGCUGGAUGAUAUUUUGGCUAAUAUUCAGGACGAGAAAGCCUGUCAAGUGUGGCUUCAUAGACAGGCUCAAAUAGAUUCGGGGCAAAGCUUAGCGCCCAUUUCUCUGCCAAGCUUGGGUCGUAAGCCUGCAGCUCGAUUGGACAUUAGUGGUACUCCAGGAGUUGAACAACUCAGACCACUAGAGAGAGAGUUGUGCAGUAAUCUCAGGCUAUUGCCACAUGACUACCAGAGUUACAAGUCCAGUCUCAUUAAAGAAUACGAGAAGCAAGGCUCAUUAAGACUCGCUCAAGCUCGCACUUUGAUUCGCAUUGACGUCAACAAGACAAGAAAGAUGUACAACUUUUUCGUGGAGCAAGGCUGGGUCAAACCACCAGACAGUUAAAUCAGCGGGGACUCCUGGUGUGGAAUAAAUGAAAAUUGAAUAAACGUUGUAUAGCCCUAUUUACAUCAACGGCGAGCAGACAACAAUUAAAAUGACUGACUGCGUUCAAAGAAAGGGAAAGGAAAGGAAUUGGAAAGAUGAAGAAAUUUAAAUGCUAAUUACGCUGUAUGAGGAAAGGCCUUGACUCUGGGACGUGGGUCAUAAGGACUACAUUAACAGGGACAGUAAGGAGGUGGCGUAUUCGCAAAUCGAUCUACUGAUGACAGAAAAAUAUGAUAUCAGCCGGGAGGAUUACAAGAGCAAGUGGAAAAUUAUCAGGUCACAGUUUAUGAGGGAACAGGCCCUGGAAAGAAGAAAGAAGUCAGGUCAACAAAAAGGCGAUGUGUACCACCCCUCUUGGAAGGGGGGAUGAUGCUGAAGUUCCUUAUUAUUGUGCAGAAUGCCACAAAGGGCUUUGAUACAAUGAAAAUGUGAACAUCCUAUGAUCCUCAAACUUCCUCGAACUCAGUUUAUUCAUACACGCAUGCGUAGUUCAUUUGUUUUCCAAAACAAUAUUUCCUCGUUUAGCCACUGGGGCGCAAACCAUUUUAUUUCCCGCUAAUUUAGCCACCCCGGAAAACAUAACAGGAAACAAUGUUUCCGCAACAAAGUUUCCUAGUUUAACCUGGCCCUUAGCGUGCGAGCGGGCCCUGAUUAUUAGCCCCACCAAUACGGAUUUUACGGCGCAGCCGGAAAUCUGUCUCGAUAUUUUGCUCUUUGUUGGGAAAGUUUAAUUUUCACUUUGAUCAUUAUGCGCAAAAUUUAAAUUCUCCCAUAUAGCACAACCCAUCCUGACACAGUCAUAUUUCACCUAUAUUCUGGAAACCGAACGGAGCUGAAAACAAAAAA